UGGGUGGUCAAUCACCCCUUAAGUGAGGUUAAGUCACCUCUGACGUCAGCACAAAUUUAACGAUUUGCAAAAAAAUAUCUCUCGAAUACGUUUGCACCCAAAAUUAGUACAAGUUCACACACCGCUGACCCCAACAUGUGACGAGGUCAUGGUUACCCCAAUUGCGCUCAUCCAAAGUUCAACCUAAAGGCCUCCGCCAUGUUCGGCACCCUGUCGCAGUUGUCGCACAGCGUGUUCGAGACGGAGAUAAAGAUCGAGCCGAUCAGCUUCUACGGCUGCUCCAGCUCGGAGCCCGACAAGCCGUCGUCGCCCCCGGCCGACGAGCCCCGCAAGAAGCGCAAGCCCCAGACGUGCAAAAUCUGCGGCAAAGUCCUCUCCUCCACGUCCAGUUACUACGUCCACAUGAAGCUCCAUUCGGGCAAUAAGCCCUUUCAGUGUACGCAAUGCGAGGCGUGUUUCUGCCGCAAGCCCUAUCUGGAGGUCCACCUCCGCACGCACACGGGCGAGAGGCCUUUCAAGUGCGACGUAUGCGACAAGAGAUUUACCCAAAAAUCCAGUCUAAAUACACACAAACGCGUGCAUACGGGGCUGAGGCCGUAUGCGUGCGAUGUGUGCGAGAAGAAAUUCGCCGUGAGGAGUUAUCUGGUGGCGCAUCGAUGGUCGCACGUGUCCGAUGGGCUGUCGUGUCCGGAAUGCAACGCCGGGUUUAGCACCAAGAGCCAGUUGGUGCAACAUGUCAAAGGGCAUAGCAAUCGCAGGGGGUUCCAGUGUGAGGUUUGUCAGAGGAGGUUUGUUAGGGAUUCGUAUCUGAUUAGGCACUUGAAUAAAGUGCACAAGAAUAAUGCUUGAUUGUGAUAAUUUCUUCUUUUGUAAUAAAGUGUAAAAAGUAUGCAACUAA